CGCUCAAAUACACAAAGCAAACGUGAGCUCAAUCCAAAAUAUAAAUUUGGUAAAGUUUGAGGAAAAGGACUAAUAUUUGCAGACAAAAGUGUCUUUGUAUUGCUUGUCGCAAAUAGCAAGGGGAAAGUGAAGCGAUAUAAAGGAUAAAACACAGGACAUUCACUUUAAACUCAGCAUCGUUUUGCUAAGCAUCUCGUGUAAAGGGCCACUGUAAAUUUUUGCUGUAACAAUGAAUAAACGCAACAAUAUUCGCUUACCUCCUGAAGUAAAUCGUCUGCUAUACGUGCGAAAUUUGCCUUAUAAAAUCACAUCGGAUGAAAUGUAUGACAUUUUUGGCAAAUUUGGAGCAAUAAGACAAAUUAGAGUUGGUAACACACCUGAGACGAGAGGAACGGCCUUUGUUGUCUACGAAGAUAUUUUUGACGCCAAGAACGCUUGUGACCAUUUAUCUGGCUUUAAUGUGUGUAAUCGUUAUCUUGUUGUCUUGUACUACCAAUCUAAUAAGGCAUUUAAACGUCUCGAUGUGGAUAAAAAACAAGAAGAACUUAAUAAUAUUAAAUCAAAAUAUAACCUAAAGACUCCAGAGGCGCCUUAGGUCCUGACCUUGAGGAGAUUGUGGGAGGGAAUUGAGUUGAUCUUUAUAUCGUAAAUCAUAAAAGUUUCUAUAACAUUUUUGAUUUAAUAUUGUGACUCUUUCACAUGGAUUUCUUCAAAAUAUGAAAUUUAAUUUAUAACAUAAAUAUUAUUUUUGCUUAGAAGGCAUUUAUUUUAUUACAUUGUUUAAAAUUAUUUUAAAACUGAUGUGGCAUAACUCAUUGGUAUCAUCUUAUGCCCAUCAAAACUUUUUAAUAUACUUUGUCUUCACAAUAUCAUCUGCAAUCAUCAUCAUUCAUACAAAUCAUACUAAUUGAUUCCAAACAUCAUCAUAACAUCAUUAAUAAUAACAAGCAAUAAAUGUAAAAUCGAAUUUUAUGGUCCUAUUAAUUUAGCAUACAUAUUGACGUCAUUUUAGGAGACAUUAAACGUCUCAAAAGCCGAAGAUAUGAUAUAUUUAUAUGUUUAUAUCUUUUUACAUACAGUCAGGAUAAUGGACCAUUUAACAAUUUCCUAUGUUUAUAUAUUUAAAGUGUUUGUCAGUAUAUAUAUAGUAUAUAGAUUUGAGAAAAAUUAUUUCCAAUGUUUGCAGUGCCUUUCACAAUUAAGAUUCAAGUUUAAGUUCAUACCAGUGUGGCAACCACGAUCUAUGCUAUUGGGGAAAUUCAUUGACAGCUGAAGCAUUUUCAGACUGAUUUAAUAUUGUUCAUAGAUUGUAAAUAAAUGUAAACUAGGAGAUAAUAAUCAAUUGAAAUGAGUAACGAAGCUCAAUACAGUAUAAAUGCGCUUUGUCGAAUAUGUUUGGAACAGCUGCAACAUGGAAAUACGUACGAUCUAUUUGCUAUCCCCGGAUUAGCCAAAAAGUUAGGUGUUUGUACAUCGUUAUCGGUGGAGCUCCACGAUGGAUUUCCACGGAAUAUAUGUGGAGUUUGUUAUACUCGUUUAAAUGAUAUGCAAGAUUUUUUAAAAUUGUGUGUAGAGUCUGUAGCAAAGUUUCAGGAAAUGGUAGCUAAAAAUUUAAUUAAAGAUCAAGCUAUUGUUCUGGCUGUGUUGGAAACAGGUGACAUAGAUACACAAAAUGCCGCUAUUGAGGAUGAUGAGCCUACAGAUUUUGAUCCACUCUUAAAUCAUAAAUUAGAAAUUAUAGACAAUGCAGAGGAUGUUUUUAAAAUGUUGGAAAACGUUGACAAGGAAGUUAUUGAUAAUGUGGUUGACAUUAAACCCGAAGUUUCUUUUAAUGAUAUAAGUAUAACAAACGAAAAAAAUGUAAACAGUGAUAAUUCCGAUUUCCAUGAUAUUGAUGAUUCUGACUAUGAACCGUUAAACGACGAAUGUGGGGAUGAUAAAAUUAGUGAUGAGAGUGAUGAUGAAAAACCAUUGGCUGCUCGUUUACGGAAGUCUCGGAGAUCCAAAAGAGCACUACGAGGUGACAAUAUAAUCGAUGAUGGACUUGAAGCGGAUGAUUACGAGGAGCCAAUUAAAAAGAAAAAGAUUAAACGAAAACGACGUUCUCGAGUGGAAGGUGAGGACUCAUCAGCCAAUACUAUAGAGUGCCACAUUUGUCAAAAAAGAUUCAGAAAACCAGAAAGAUAUGAAGAGCAUAUGCGACAUCACAAUGAUAAGUUACCUCACCAAUGUACAGUUGAAUCAUGUUCGAAGGGAUUUACUACAGCUAAUGGACUCCGACUACAUAUGGAACAUUGUCACGCGGAGACAUGUGAAAGCUUUCCAUGUCCCGAAGAAGGUUGUGGUCGCACGUUUCCCCGGACACGUUUACUUAAUUGGCACUUGCGCAAGGUGCAUAAAAUAGCGAAAGAAUUGCGGGAAGCCAAAUGUUAUACCUGUAAUCAAUGUGAUAAAAUCUUUCGUUGCCCCAUGGCACUCAAAAAACAUAUGUAUAAACAUGAUGGCAAAGAGCUGCCAUUCCCUUGUAACAUAUGUGGUAAACGUUUCGUAAUAAAUAGUGCACUUAAAGAUCAUCUAAUGAGACAUGCCGGAAUUAAAAACUACGUUUGCCCCUACUGUGGUGUUGGAAAAACUACGAGACAAGAAUGGAACACUCACAUAAACACGCACACACAAGAAAAGAAAUUCAAUUGUCCACAGUGUGCAUAUGCAUCACAUAAUAAGCAAAAUUUGCGAAUGCAUGUUAAAAUUGUGCAUGAAAAAAUCAAGGAUUACGCUUGUCAGUACUGUGGUAAGACAUUUGGUAAGUCGAACGCUUGUAAAAUGCAUGAAAUGACGCAUACCGGGGAAAAGCGUUGUGAGUGCAAAGUAUGCGGGAAGCGGUUUCUUUAUGCCAAAGCUUUAACAAAACAUCUUAAGACACAUGAGAAGCGUGUAUUACGUGCCAUUGAAGUAUACCGUAAACGACAAAUAGAAAACGGUUUUAUGCCGGCCGACACGCCCGACAUACCUCUUCCCGAAUUGCUAUCCACGGAAUCACACACCCAAGAAUCUCACCAAAAAGUAGCAGAAGAGAUAUUAAAAGUUUGUGCUGAAUCUACCGCUACAAUACCGAAAAAUCCACGACGUGUUGAACGCGUUGAUAUAUCGGAAUUGGCAGGCACUGCUGUUAAUCCUAUACCAUCUGUCGCUGUGCCGUCUUGGUCGCCACAAAUAAAUUUUAUGAUGAAGGAAGGUCCUUACAUAUGUCCGGAUUGUGGUCAAGGCUUCAACGGUCAAGGAAAUCUUAAACGACAUCAUCGCAUUGUACACGAAGGUGUUAAAGAUUUUGCUUGCCGUUUCUGUCACAAACGUUUUGCAAAAGCACAAACACUCAAACACCAUGAAAUGACGCACACCGGCGAAAAGCCACAUGAGUGUAGCAAUUGUGGCAAGCGUUUCAUCCAGUAUGUGGCAUUGAAGCGACACAUGAAAAUUCAUAUGAGUAAACCACCGCCCGUUAUACCGUCAAGCGUGUAUGAAGCCCGUGAAGAGUUAGAGAUGCAGGAGCGUGAGAAGUUGGAAAGCAAACGUAAAAAACUGGAAGCACGUGCUGCUAUUGCCGAACUUGCCCGCGAACAACUUAAUGAAAUGGUAGUACAAGAGCCUGACGAUAAAGUGCAGUUGCAACCAGAUUCGGAAAAACCACAAGUACUGAAUGAAAUUCAAGAAUUUAUAAAAAUCGAUCCUACAUCGGAACUUGAAACGAAAACGUUAAUUAAUUCGAGCUUAAGCGAUUUCACGCAUACGGAAAUAAACAGCAAGGAAUCGUGAGCGAAAAAUGUUACGAUUUG